CAUUGAGGGCAGAGCGCGCUCGUUACGAGCCGGGUACGAGCUUGCAAAGUGCACGCGCAUUUUCUGCAAGCUGGUUGGUGCGGAGCUGGACGAGGCAAAUUAAUUGGAAGGUGCUGCUGACUGCAACAAAACAAAAUGCCUCGUAAGGAGAGGAGGAAGAAACGGCUACAAAAGGAGCUGUGUGAGGCUGCUAAAGGCAGUGGAUCCCUCACCAGCUGGAUUAAAAAGAGCACAGUGACAACAGUAACCACAAAAUAUGGAUUCAUUUUCAUCAGGUCAAAGAUGGCGACGUGCAGAGAUCACGAAGGGACAGAAAAUAUAUACCCUGUGACUAAGCAAUCCAAGUUAAAUCGCAUUGCCCUGGUUAUCAAUAACAUAAAGUUUCAUGAUGAGACUUUAAACUUAGAUGGAUGUGAGAAAGAUGAUGGGGUCAUGUCCAGACUUCUCCAAAAUCUGGGAUACCAGGUGGUUCUUUAUAGGAACUUGACUGGACAGGAGAUUGAUGAUGCUCUAACUGAGUUCUCCAAACAUAUAAAACUUUCCUACACAGACAGUGUGUUUGUGAUCAUUAUGUCUCAUGGAAACAUAGGAAUUAUCUCUGGAACUGACAGCAAGACGUUUGAAAUUGAAAAGAUUUUCCUGCGCUUAAACACAAAGAACUGUCCAGCACUGAUGAACAAACCCAAAAUAAUCAUCAUUGAUGCCUGCAGAGGAGUGAAGAAGGGAUCAGCGUAUUUACCUGUCAGACAGUCUGUGGUCACAGAUAAUAUCAGACCUCUAUCAGAAAACCUUACCAAAAAGGCCAGAGUUCACAUCGAAAAGGACUUCAUCUGUUUUCAUUCCAGCACUCCACACACAGCUUCAUACUUUUUACCAACAAAAGGUUCUUUUUUUAUUCAAACACUCUCUGAUGUGUUCAAUAAAUGGAGCUAUGUGUGUGAUAUUGAGGAACUUUUCAGAAAAGUUAUGCAACGCUUUGAAGCUUCCUCGUCUGACUGUAUGCAAAUGCCAACUAAGGAGAGAAACACCCUGACAAAGUCCUUCUACUUGUUUCCAGGUCCUGAUUUAAGGAUUGUGAUGAUUGGAAAAACUGGUGUGGGCAAGAGUGCUUCUGGAAACACCAUCCUGGGACGCAAGGAUUUCCCAUCUCGUCCUUCAUCUGAGUCAGUGACUGAGGACUGUGAAAAAACUGUGACACAGUGGGGUAGCAGAGUAAUAAUUGUUGUAGACACACCAGGGAUCCUGGACACUUUAAAAUCAGAUGAGUUCAUCAAAAGAGAAAUCAUGAGAUGUGUCCGCCUCUCCUCUCCUGGUCCUCAUGUGUUCCUGUUGGUCAUCCAAAUUGGCCGAUUCACAAGAGAAGAGAAAAACUCAGUGGAAGCCCUCCAGGAGCUGUUUGGCCCACAAGCUAACAAGUACAUGAUUGUGCUCUUCACCCGAGGUGGUGAUCUUGGAGGCAUAUCCAUAGAGCAGUAUGUACGUGAAGCUGAGCCAGGGCUUAAACGCAUCAUCCAAAGCUGUGGAAACAGGUUCCACGUCUUUGACAACACCAGCAAAGACAGAACGCAGGUGGUGGAGCUGGUCAAGAAGAUUGAUAACAUGAUGGCAAGAAACGGGGCCACAUGCUACACAGAUGUCGUAAAGAGUGACAACAGUGAAUAUAAAACAUGCCUUAAUUUCCACCCCAUAAGCAAUAGCUUUACUGGUCCUGAUUUGAGGAUUGUGAUGAUUGGAAAAACUGGUGUGGGCAAAAGUGCUGUUGGAAACACCAUCAUGGGAGAGAAAUGUUUUACAUCUCGUCCAAGUUCAGAAUCAGUUACUAAGUCUUGUCAAAAAGGUGUGACACAAUGGGGUAACAGAGUAGUUAGUGUGGUAGACACACCAGGGAUCCUGGACACUAAAGUAACUGAGGACUUCAUCCAAAAAGAAAUUGUGCGAUGUGUCGAAGUCUCCUGUCCAGGUCCUCAUGUUUUCUUGCUGGUUAUCCAAGUAGGUCGAUUCACAAGAGAAGAGAAACACUCAGUGGAAGCCCUCCAGGAGCUGUUUGGCCCACAAGCUAACAAGUACAUGAUUGUGCUCUUCACCCGAGGUGGUGAUCUUGGAGGCAUAUCCAUAGAGCAGUAUGUACGUGAAGCUGAGCCAGGGCUUAAACGCAUCAUCCAAAGCUGUGGAAACAGGUUCCACGUCUUUGACAACACCAGCAGCGACAGAAAGCAGGUGGUGGAGCUGGUCAAGAAGAUUGAUGACAUGAUGGCAGUGAACAGGGGGACAUACUACACAAACACCCUGUUUAGAGACAACAUUCCAUUGUCUAAAAGAUUAGAUUACUGUUGGAUUACAUGAUCCAAAACAGAAUUAAUUUACUCUGAAUAUCACAGCUCCUGUACCCAUACAUGGAAACAUGAAAUCUGUGAAAAAAAGUCCCUGUAUUUUAGUGAUUGUCAGUCCCAGCUGUGUGGCACAAUCAGUUAUUGGGUUUAGAGACUAAUUACAUUGUCACACAAAGUGAAAUUAUCUUUUAAAAACUGUAUUUUAUAUUUACUCUGGUUACCUUUGUAAUAUUAAAAUGUGUUUGAUCAUUGAAACAUGUAACAAAUAUGCAAAAAGAGAACACAUUAGGGAAGCAAAAAUGUUUUCACACCAGUGAUUCAGUCAAGACAACAACAACAACAACAAACUUUAUUUAUAUAGCACAUUUAAAAACCAGUGGUGUUCCAAAGUGCUUAACAUUCAAAAGGGUGAGAUGAAAUAACAGGGAGAAUGAGGACUAUGGUAAGGUACCAAAACGAGCUGGCAGGUUGAAUGGCAUUAAAACACACAAGGCAAAAGAAUUGCAUAUAAAAGCAUAAAAGAAAGCAAAACAAAAUGUGAAGGAUAAAACAGUCAAAAUUAAAAAUGAAUUUAAAAUAAUUAAGAAUAAGCCGAAGAUAAGAAAAGCGUUAAGCUGACUAUCAAGCAUGGGCUAACUGGUAGAAAAGGCGAGGCUAAAUAGGUGGGUUUUUAACCGCGAUUUAAAGGAAUGGAUGGAAUCAGACUCGCGUAUAGCGAUGGGGAGAUUAUUCCAUAAAACGGGUGCAGCCAAGGCAAACGCGCGGUCACCUCUAGUCUUCAGCCGGGAUCUCGGGAGUACCAAGAGUGACUGGGAAGAUGAUCUUAACGCUCUAGUAGGGGUGUAUGAUCUAAGUAGCUCGGUAAGGUAGCUUGGUGCUAUAUUGUUGGCAAUUCGGUAAGUAAGCAGCAAGAUUUUGAAUUGAAUGCGGUACUUAACGGGAAGCCAAUGCAGAUCAGCAAGGACAGAGGUGAUAGAAACACGCCGCUCACUACUAGUAAGGAGACGAGCAGCUGCGUUCUGAACAAUUUGAAGUCUAUGGAGGAGAGUAGAGUUAAGACCAAAGUAAAGUGAAUUGCAAUAAUCCAACCUAGAUGUCACAAAGGCAUGGAUAAGCUUUCCAAGGUCCCUAUGUGGAACAUAAUGUCUGGCCUUGCUAAUAAGACGCAAUUGAUGGAAACAAGAUUUAACAACAGAAGACACUUGUUUAUUGAGCUUAAAAGAGCUAUCCAAAAAUACACCCAGGUCACUGACAGUGUCUGUGAGGAAACUGUUAAAGGAACCGAGGGCGUCACAAAGUUGGCCACGGGGGACUCUACUGUCAAACACGAUAAUUUCCGUUUUCCUGUUGUUUAGAAUAAGAGAGUUACCUGCGAGCCAAUUUUUGACCUCACGCAUGCACUCAAAGAAGCCAUGGAGGGACAUAGAGGGAUCAUCAGUUAGCUCGAAAUAUAUCUGUAUAUCGUCGGCAUAACAGUGAUGUGCGAUGUUAUACUUCUCAAAGAUUGUGCCUAAGGGCAGCAUAUACAGUGAGAAGAGCAGGGGGCCAAGGACAGAUCCUUGAGGCACGCCGCAGGAGACAGGUGCAGCAGAGGAGAAAUAAGGGCCAAAAUUGAUCGAGAAGGACCUAUUAGAGAGGUAUGACUUAAACCAAUCUAAGGCGGCACCUCCAAUGCCAACUGUGUGUUCAAGCCUCGCUAAUAGGAUGUUAUGAUCUACCAUAUCAAAGGCCGAGGAUAGAUCUAGUAGGACCAAGACUGAAGAGCGUCCGGAGUCGGCAAUCAGAAGGAGAUCAUUGAGGACUCUGAGCAAGGCCGUUUCAGUACUAUACCAGGGUUUGUAAGCAGACUGAAAUUUAUCAUAGAUGGCAUUCGUAUCCAAAUAUGGCUGGAGUUGUGAAAGAACGAUCCUCUCCAGUAUUUUAGACAGGAAUGGAAGCUUAGAAAUCAGCCUAUAGUUCCCAAGAUCGUUAUGAUCAAGGUUCCUUUUUUUAAGAACGGGCUGGACGACAGCGUGUUUGAAGGCUAAAGGAACAGAGCCCGCAAGUAGUGAAAUAUUCAUUAGAGAUAGGAUGCUGGGUCCAAUUACACUGAAGCAAUCCUUAGCUAAACGAGAUGGAAGGAUAUCAUAGGCAGGAGAGGUGUUCUUUGAUUGGUCAAUAAAUCGCUUGAGAGUAUGGAGUGACACCGGCUCAAACUGUUGAAAUGAUGAUGAACAACCAGGUGUGGGAAUAAAACUCGACACUGAAGAGAGCGAGGACUUAAGAUGUAAGACUUUACAAAUAAAAUGAGUUAGAAAAUUUUCACAGAGAGAAGGAGAGCAUGCCAGUGGCGUUUCAGGACAGGGGUUGACCAAUGAGUUGAAAACAUUAAAGAGGGAUCGGGGGUUGUGACCAUGAGUAAGAAUAAUUUUAGACAGAAAGGCAGCUUUGGCCAUUUUGGCAGCAAGUUGAAAUUGCAACCGGCUGGCACGCAGGAUAUCAUAAGAAACCUGGAGUCUAUCUUUCUUCCAUCUUCUCUCAUCCCUGCGGCACACACGUCGCAAAGCACGUGUAGAAUCGUUUAGCCAGCAUCGGGAAAAGGAUCUAGGGUGCUUCAUUUUAACAGGGGCAACAGUAUUGAGGAUGGAGGAGCAUGUGGAAAAAAAGGUGCUAGCAAAAUCAUCAGUCGUGGAAGCCAGGGAACAGUCAGGAAUGGAAGAGGCAAGUUUCAAAAAAGACAUUGAAAAAUUCUCCACAGUUCCAGAAUUAAUUAUACGUGUAGGGCGUAGGAGAGCAUCAGGGUGAAGUUCAGAAGUGCAUAAGUUUACAUCAAAGAUAACAGGAAAGUGAUCAGAAAUGCCAACAUUGCUUAUGUCCUUAAUGCUAAUGUCCAAGCCAUAUGAAAAAACCAGGUCAAGGGUGUGGCCCCUAGCGUGGGUUGGUUGAUUAACCCACUGGGCAAGAUUAAAAGAGUCCGUUAAUGCAAGGAAGUCUUUGGCUAACGGAUCAUCAUUACAACAGAUAUGAAUGUUAAAAUCACCCAUAAUAAGCACACAGUCAUAUUUAAAAAUAACUGAACCAAGAAGGUCAGCAAAUUCGUGAAUAAAAGUCUUAUUGUAUUUGGGUGGCCGGUAAACCAAAACAAUCAGAGAAGUUCGCGUGGCGGUCAUCUCCAGGAGUUGAGCCUCGUAACUGAUGUAGGAAGAACAGGGUAACUGUCGGACUUUGUAUUUGCAUUUAGAGACCGAGGCUAAACCGCCGCCUCGGAGAGCUAAAAAACACACAGUCCGGGGGGAGAAGCUCAGAAAAAGGAAGCGACUCACCAGGGCGAAUCCAGGUCUCCGUCAGAAAGAGAGCAUCGAGGCUCAUGGUGGAGAAAAAGUCGUUUAACACAAAGGUCUUAUUUACCAGCGACCUGACAUUGAAAAGAGCCAUCCGUGUCCAGGGCGCAGCAUCCGCACGAGUAGCACGUCGCAGGGCUCUGAGGUUGCAGUGGUUGACACCACGUCUGUGCGGGGCGAUCCAGGUCCGAGCAGGGAGGCAUGCCGCUGGGAGGGCUGGGUAAGCUUGCUGUGAGACGGAGCAAAUCCACCGGUGGCCAAGCAGUUUAGCGACGGGGCGAUCACUGGAGACUGCACGGAGAGAUCGUAGUGAGUACCCGGAAGCAUAUGGGUACACCGUAGCCCGUGCUUCAAGGUAAGCUUUCAUACGCACACGGAAUCCACUCCUUUUACCGCGUCUCCUGUAUCUCCUGUAUCGUUUCUUAUAAAGAUUAAAAGGGGGUAGGCAGGGAAAGCAAGUGGGGGAGUCUGGUCGUAGUGGGGCGGCAAGUCCCAGAGUCCAGUGUCGAUCGAAGUGAUGUGAAUAGGAGAACCGGAGGUCUAGGAGUGUUUGCCGGUCGUAUGUUAAUAAUGCACAGCCACCUGAUGAGCAUAAUAUAAAGAAAAUAAAAAGUACUAUGCCAUAAUCCAGAAGCCGAGACAGAGAAGGUAAAGAGCAAAAAGGCAGAUGCAGGCGAGAGCGAGAGUAAAGACGGCCAGCCAUAGACACCGGCGCCAUCUUGUAAAAGAAGAACUGUAAAAGCGAGGCUUUGUCUAAAAAUCUAAAAUCAGAUAUAAAACUUACUGAAGUAAAGCUAUCUCUCUGCUUUCAUCUCAGAGAGGAAUGUCAAUAAAGCUCCUCAGCUCUCAGUUAAUAUAUCCAUCCAGCUUCUACAUUGUGUUCGCUGUCAGCUAUUGUCGCACAAUAAUUUUGCUUUGGAGACAAAAUGGAAAGUUAUGAGAUCUUUAACAAACUAUGUUAAUAAUUUGAUUGGUCAUUCGAGUGAGACCACUCCUCAUAACAAGUGUAUAAGUAUAAUGUGCCUUACCACACUACAGACUGUUUGUUGUCACUUUUAGGACACCUGAACGUCACCCUUGACAAUCCCAGAAUACUCUUCUUUCUUUUGUCACGUGCUCUCACCCAUGCAAUCUGAAUCUUUCUUUUCUUGACCAGUCAUUGUGGACACACCCCUGGCCACACCCUCAGGCCUAGAUCUAUGUUUAUUCCAUAAAUGUUGCCAAGUAGAAAUUUACAGCAUUGAGAAAGUGACCACAUCUUCACAAAACUGAGGAUGUGGUCCCUGCUAUUGAAAUGCAAUCAGCUACAGUAGGCCACUACUAAUUAUUGGCUACAUUAAAUGCAGAAUGAUGAGAGGACAGCAUCUGUCAGUGAGCAUGAUUUAUAUAAGAAUUAUACAAUGACAUACAUUUUUUGCCCACUCGUCAUCUCUGCAUGUGGCCAUCUUUAACCUAUAAACACAUCAGAGAACAGUUUCAGUUAAAAGAACAGAGUCAGUCAGGGUCAAAGCAUCAUAUCACUUCUUUAGAUAUUUCACUGUAGCUCAACAUUGUUUUCUUAUGGAUUAUUCAGAACUGAUUGUCCUUAAAUCAAUAUCAGUAAAUCAAAAGAAAAAGAUUAUGGGACGGACUUAGUAGUAGCCAAAGGCCCUAAUGAAGAGGGAGGAAAAGAAACAGUACACAUCAGCUUCACACGUGUGGUCGAAACAAACCCCUGAACAAACAAAAUACCUGUCUUUCUUAUUCUCAUUUAAAAUGUCUAGCUUUUAAUAAAUAAUUAUCUGAAUCCUACAACCAAAGUUUUCAUCUGAUGUAAAAUGUAUAGAAAUCCAUUAUUGUAUAUAGGAACGAUUAAGUCAAAUGUAUAACCUAGUAAGCUAUAGUGCUUUUUCCUUUGGGAAGCUACCAUCU